AUGGAUGCACAAGAGCUGAAAGAAAUAAAUAAAAAUGAAAUCAAUCAUUCAAAAGGAAUCAACGACGUUGAAAUUAAUGAAAACAGUGGAAGUGAAGAAAUAAGUGAUGUUCAACAAACAAAUUCAAGUAUUGGAGCACAUAUAAAAAAUUCUAAUAAACCAAAUACAACUAAAACUAAUAAUCUGAGAUCUGAACUAAAUAAAGAAGAAAACAAUGUAUAUGCUAAUUCUGACCAAAAUAAUAUUCUCUCAGACCCAGCUUCUUUAGAAAACAAAGAAGAAUACAAAUCUUGUAUCGUUCAAAUGCAGGAGGUGUACCAAAAAACCGCUUUAGAGCUUAGGGUAAAUCCAUAUUACAAACGCUCAGAAAAAACUGAUACAAAAUCGUUUGGUUUUAAAUUUAUUAAAAGAAUUUAUAGAAAGAAAUCAUCUGUUGGUACAACUAACAGUUAUGAUGUUGGAGAUAUUGAUAAUCCAUUAACACAAGAGGAUGAUGAACCUCCGCAGUUGUCACAUUAUAUUUGUGCACAGGAUUAUGUGGGAAUAGUAAAUGACCAGGCUAUUGAAGAUAAUGAACAAAGCAAAUUAUCUAUAAAUGAGAAAACGAACAAGUCUCAUAAUCAAAAGAGGAUUGAAAAAGAAGUGAAUCAAACUAAUGUAAUUAGGAAUGAAGACAUAAAAACAGUAAACAAAGAAAAUAAAGAAAAUUUUCUAUUUGUGAAAGAAAAAAACGCGAAUAAUAAAGUAAAUGAGUCGAAAAACAUCAAGAAAGAAAAUCAAAAUUCUUCUAAAGCCUUGUACCAAAUAAAGAAAGCUUCAAUGAAGACUAAAAAAAUGAGUCCUAAUCGUCAAGCAAAAUUUGAUUUGUCAUUUGCGCGGAAACUUCAUGUGGAAUUAAAUCGACAAGCAUUUAGAAGAAGUGCUAAAAAUGAUAUUUUGUAUUAUCCGAAAGAUUCACUAUAA